GGGCUCAAAGCGGAUGGCAGCCGCGGGGGCGGGGUCAGAACUCGGGCGGCGGAUCCCAGCGCGGCUCUUUGGAGCCCGCCGCGGAGCAGCGCCCCGGUGGGGCCCAGGAGGAGCAGCACUAUGGAUUCCUUCAAGGUGGUGCUGGAGGGGCCAGCACCUUGGGGCUUCCGGCUGCAGGGGGGCAAGGACUUCAAUGUACCCCUCUCCAUCUCCCGGCUCACCCCUGGAGGUAAAGCUGCACAGGCUGGCGUGGCCGUGGGUGACUGGGUGCUGAGUAUUGAUGGCGAGAACGCGGGGGGCCUCACACACAUCGAAGCCCAGAACAAGAUCCGUGCCUGCGGGGAGCGCCUUAGCCUCAGCCUCAGCAGGGCUCAGCCUGCUCAGAGCAAACCGCAGAAGGCCCUGGCCCCUGCCGCGGACCCCCCGCGGUACACCUUUGCACCCAGCGCCUCCCUCAACAAGACGGCCCGACCCUUCGGGGCGAACCCGCCCGCAGACAGCGCCCCGCAGCAGAAUGGACAGCCGCUCCGACCGCUGGUGCCAGAUGCCAGCAAGCAGCGGCUGAUGGAGGACACGGAGGACUGGCGGCCGAGGCCUGGGACAGGCCAGUCCCGUUCCUUCCGCAUCCUUGCCCACCUCACGGGCACCGAGUUCAUGCAAGACCCGGAUGAGGAGCACCUGAAGAAAUCAAGAUCUUACAGCCAGGUGCCCAGGAUGGAAGCCCCAACCCCAGCCUCAGCUACACCCCAGGAACCCUGGCCUGGCCCUACCACCCCCAGUCCCACGAGCCGCCCACCCUGGGCUGUGGACCCUGCAUUUGCUGAGCGCUAUGCCCCGGACAAGACCAGCACCGUGCUGACCCGGCACACCCAGCCAGCCACACCCACGCCUAUGCAGAACCGCACCUCCAUCGUGCAGGCCGCCGCUGGAGGGGGCCAUGGCGGGGGCGGUGGCAGCAACGGCAAGACUCCCGUGUGCCACCAGUGCCACAAGGUCAUCCGGGGCCGCUACCUGGUGGCGCUGGGCCACGCGUACCACCCUGAGGAGUUUGUGUGCAGCCAGUGUGGGAAGGUUCUGGAAGAGGGUGGCUUCUUCGAGGAGAAGGGGGCCAUCUUCUGCCCACCCUGCUACGAUGUGCGCUAUGCACCCAGUUGUGCCAAGUGCAAGAAGAAAAUCACCGGCGAGGUCAUGCACGCCCUGAAGACGACCUGGCACGUGCAUUGCUUCACCUGCGCGGCCUGCAAGGCACCCAUUCGGAACAGGGCCUUUUACAUGGAGGAGGGGUCCCCCUACUGCGAACCAGACUAUGAGAAGAUGUUUGGCACAAAAUGCCGAGGCUGUGACUUCAAGAUCGAUGCUGGGGACCGCUUCCUGGAGGCGCUGGGCUUCAGCUGGCAUGAUACGUGCUUCGUGUGCGCAAUAUGUCAGAUCAACCUGGAAGGAAAGACUUUCUACUCCAAGAAGGACAAGCCCCUUUGCAAGAGCCACGCCUUCUCCCACGUGUGAGCCCCUCCCACCCACUGCUGCCCACCCCAGCCUACCCAGCUCGAGGGGUUUGCUGAUUCUGGAACCAUCGCUCCAGAUUUCUGGGUAGGGCUAGCAAAAGUUGCCCUGACCCUGACUCCUGGCCCAAGCCUGGGGUCCCCCAGACCCCACCCCCUUCACCUCCCCUACUCCCUCCACCACCUUCACACACUGGUGCUGGCCACACCGGCCCCUGCUCACGUCCAGUGCUACAAUAAAUCUGUCUCUAGCUGUG